AUGGCAACCUCCAACUGUGUUGUUAGUUUGAAGCUCCUAAUUGAUACAAAACGACAAAAGGUUUUGUUUGCUGAAGCAGGCAAAGACUUUGUGGACUUUCUUUUCACUCUUUUAUCUUUGCCUCUUGGCACUAUCAUUAGGCUUCUCUCCAAGGAUGAAAUGGUUGGCAGCUUGGGAAGGCUUUAUGGGAGCCUUGAAACCCUGAGUGACAUAUACAUGCAGCCUAACCUUAACAAGGACACUCUCCUCAAACCAAAGGCUCAAGCUGCUGGACAACAACCUAGUACUUUCCUUAUUAAUAUGCUCAAGUUGUUGGAAUUUUAA